UGUGAUCGCUGACAUGACGGUUCAAGCUAGCGCCAGCGUGGGUCGCUCGCGCCCACUGACAGUCGGCCGUAAGCUCUCUGAUCAAGCCAAGCAGUGUUUCUGAGCGGGGACAGUCGGCAACGUGGGUGACUUGCGGAUAGGGGCAGCAUCGUCGCAGCUUGGCAUCCUCGGCGUCCUCGACGCGCUUCGUUGCCGUCACUCUCACUCUCAUCGGCUUCAUUGAUCGAGCUCAGGCGUAGCGUCUGUCUCCAUCUCUUCUCGGCAACUAUCAAGUCCGUAAAAGCUCGCUGUGUCGUAGUGCCUCCGCAAAACUUAAAAGCUCAGACCUUCGACCGAUGUCUCACUGCAAAGUCCCAUGGCCAUGCACAGCGCUACAUCCGCGAUGUGGCAUCGCCAAUACCGUCCCAACAGGGGAUCUGGAUCGCAAGCAUGCCGCCGCAGUCAGAGCCGCUCCGGACCCUAUACCUUCUUUGGGUCCUAUGGACGAUCGGCUUCGUGUUUGUACCCAUCUGGUCUGUCAAGUAUCUCAUCAAGAGCAUGCGUCCUGUACCUGAGAGAGGCUGGCUGGAGUCAAUCUCGGUAUCAGCCGUGUACAGAGGCAAUGUAAUCGCAGAGAUGGGUUAUGCUUUACUCGGUCGCAAUCCGACGAAAUACGUCGACAGCUCGACUGCGCGGAAUCUCAUCAAGUAUGAUUCAGUGGACGCCUGCAUCAGCGUGGAGUACAGGUCUGUCAAUCGAGGCUGCUUCCCCACUCAGCUUGUGGACGCUCUAUCCGCUUACAAUCAUCUGGUCGACGUCAAAGGCAUCGAUGCCAAGCGCAUCGUACUCUGUGGCGAUUCAGCAGGCGCGAAUCUCGCUCUCGCGCUGACACGCUAUUUGCGUGAUGAGGGCGUGCUACCUAUGCCUCGCGGACUCUUUCUGCUGUCACCUUGGGUAGACAUGUCGUGGGCUUGGCCGGAAGGGCCCAAACAAGGCGAGGAGCCCUCCGGAUUCGGCUACGCGGAAGACAUUAUCGACAUGAACACUGCGGGCAAGUAUUGCAUCAACAAUUUCGUCGGUGCGGCUAAUUCGCCGUUGAUCGUCUCGAGUCCUUAUGUCUCGCCUGCUUCCCAAAAUCUCACGUCCGACGAGCUUGAAACGCUAUUCAGCGAAUUCCCCAAAACGUUCAUACAUAGCGCCAAAGCAGAAGUCCUUCACGCAGAGAUCAUGCGGCUUAAGGAACGGAUGAAAAACUGCGGCGUCGACGUAACGAGCGUGAGCUUCAAAGCUGGCGCACACGACAUCCUGAUCUUGCCUGCAAUCUUCUUCGGCGGAAGUGCGAGACGGAAGCGGUUCUGGCAAGGCAAGGCAAAGACGUGGUUUGACGAAGUCUUCGAAGGACCAGUGUGA